AUGGCAUCCUCGCAACAGCAGCCUCCGACAUCUUCCCAUAUGAACGUUAGCAAUGCACUGCCUGCGAACGGAGUGAUAUCAACUGGCGGUGCAUUUGCGAAAGCAUCCACUGCCACUAUUUCUCAAGUAAAUAUUCCGCUUCGGACAUCAGUUGCACACGGUACUGUGCAAGUGUAUGAGGAUGAGGAAGGCAUCGACUGCUCACCUUGCUGUAGCAAUGAAACUUUCAGGCGAACAUUCCGAAAUAUUGUUUAUGGCCAAAUUUUAUCGCUUUGUCUAUGCGGUACAGGCGUCAGUAGUCAGUUGCUCAGUAAUCAAGGCGUAAAUGUUCCAACAGGUAAUUUUGCUGUUGCACUGUGA